AUGGGGUUCCUCUAUUUCUCCAUUAACGCCCAUUUAUGCUCUCAAAUCCUCCAUUUCUUCACCACAAUCCUUCUCCAAUUGAAGCUUCUCGCCGCCCAUUUCCGCCUCCUCAAGCUCUCGCCGGAGCACAACGCCGACUCUCCCUUCGACCGUCCGACUAGCUUCGUCUUCCUUACCGAAGGCCCCUGCUCCUCGCUGGUCACCGUUCCGGCCGCCGAUUUGCAGGGCAGGAUCAAGAAGAGUCUUCCGAUCGUUGCGUUUAGGGAUUUUAUUGCAAAACAGGGGAUGGAAUUUGGGGAAAAUGAAGAAGAUGAAGAGAAUCGGAUUUGUACGGUCUGUUUAUGUGAAAUGGAGAGAUCGGAGUCGAUGAGAGAGCUUCCAAACUGCUGCCAUGUCUUCCAUAGGGAGUGUUUUGAUGCGUGGAUCGAUGAGUUUCAAAUUACUUGCCCUGUUUGUAGAUCCCUGCUUUUACCCGCCGGAGAAGGUGGUGGGUUUCGAUUCUUCCAGUGA